AUGGAUGACCUUGACGAAGGGUUGCCACAAAAACCUGGUCUUGUCCCUGACUGCGGGCCACUGAUGGUUAUGAUGGAUUUCGCAAAUGCGCUCGACUUCUUCGAGCCAAUCGACGAAGCUAUUGUAAGCUUCGGUGAGACGGUCUUCGGGUUCUUCGGACCUGAUAGGGAUAUAGCAGAUAUGAACCGCGACGUUCCUCCAAUCAAAUUCUGGGUAAAUUUGGAGGGCGUAUAUGUGAUAUACGUCGUGGUAAUCGAUGUCGAACGUGUCCUCUUAUCAAGAUUGUUCGAAUCGCCAGAUGAAGACAUAUACAAAGUGAAUAUUCGUAUCUACAACAAAGCGAGCUUCUCCGCCCUGAUGCUUCCUUUCCUGGACGUAGUUGCAGAAGUGGCGAACUACGUGUUGGUGAACGAAGGAAAGCUUGAAUUCCGCUAUGUCAGUGCGGAUGGAUUCGAGCUUGAGUAUGAGAUGCUCGAGGUCGAAGAUGUCGUGGUCGUCAAGCUGACGACGAUAUCGUUUGGUGAGUAG